AUGUCAAAAGUAACGGUAAAGAAACAAGGGAAACCAUGGAAAAAGGUGCAGCUGCUUACACUCUUCAAGCCUAUGUUGUCUCCCACUUUAACGGAGUUGUAUCUCUUCAAUAUCCCAAGUUUAGUGGAGCUUCCUUCCUCAUUUCGGAAUCUCAAUAAACUAAGAGAUUUGAAGAUUACUAGAUGCAUGAAUCUUGAAACUCUUCCCACAGGCAUCAACCUCAAAUCUCUCAAGACCCUCAACCUCACUAAGUGCUCAAGGCUGAUGACUUUUCCUAAUAUCUCAACCAACAUCUCAGAUCUAAAUCUAAGCUACACAGCGAUAGAAGAGGUUCCUUGGUGGGUGGAGAUCUUCUCUAAGCUCAGAAACCUAGAUAUGGAAAGUUGCAGUAAGUUGGAAUAUGUACACCCAAACAUUUCUAAACUGCCACGUCUUGAUGUUAACUUUUCACACUGUGAGGCAUUGACUGGACGAACAUUACGUAUGGAAGCAUAUAAUAUUGACACAGUUUCGGAGGAGUCUUCCUCAUUGCUUCCAGAUAAGUAUAUUCCAAAAGUCGGUUUCAUAAACCACUUCAAGUUUAAUCAAGAUGUUCUGUUUCAACAACUAUCAGUCGGCUUCAAGUCCAUGACGUUUCUAGGUGAAGCAGUGCCUUUAUAUUUCACUCACCAUAGUACUGAAUCUUCUUCAUCAUCUCUGACCAUCCCUCUACUUGACACUUCUCUCACGCAAACAUUUUUCAGAUUUAAGGUUUGUGCAGUGGUUGUUUUCGACUCUCUGUCUAAAACUGGUCCCAAUGGAUUAAAUAUCCGUGUAAAAUGUCGGUUCAGAGACAUGUGUGGGAGCAUGUUUGAUUCCUCUAGUGAGGCAUAUAGCUUUCACACACUUGAGAAGGAUAGUCGGUUGUUUAUAUUCGACUGUUGUGUCCCUCUGAAGACAGAGAAUGCUCUUGUUGCUCAACACGUGGAUAUGGAGAUUCAAAUAAGCGGUUGGCAAGAAGACUCUACGUUCAGAUUAACAGGAUGGGGUAUACGAGUCGUUGAGAACGGACUUGCUGAUCCUCUUCCGCAUGUUUGUAAAGCCGAAGAAGAUGAUAUGGUUAGUGAUGAAUGUGUUAAGACUGAACUAGGUGAAGAAUUUGGAGGCAGUGAUGUAGUAGAUAUAGAGAAAACUAACAAGCCAGUCCAAGUUUUGAAUGAGCAUGAGAUUGAACAGAGUGAAAAAUGUGGAGGCAGUGAUGCAGAGGUGGAGGGUAACAACAAAACAGACGAGGUAUGCAUUAAGGACGAGACUGAAUGUGGAGACAACAUUGUAGAGAAAAGGGAAAGCAGGAAGGGAAUGAGAAUGGUAAAUUAUACUGGGAAGAUUACUAUUCAAGAAACUGCUUGCAACCAAACAGCGAGAUACAUAAGAAUAUCUCUAACUAUUCAGACAGAUACAAGCAGGAAGCCAAUGCGGAUUAGUUUUUCAGUAAUAACAGUAAAGGUUGAAGGUGGAUAUGCAGAGACUCUUCACUAUCGCUCAGCUGGAGAGAUGUUGUCAGAUUCUGUAACCGGACCAUAG